UUAGACAAGUUCGUACUUCGUUAAGUCAUUUGCAGAAAUGGCUGAUCUGUUGUCCGUUCCGUUUAAGAAAUCAUCUGAUGUUGAUAUAGUUAAGCCGCUGAAAAACUUAAUUCAGUCUACAUAUAACACUAGCGAAACCAAUGACGACUAUAGUGAUGCAAUCAAUGAGCUUAGCCGACUUAGAACCAACGCUAUUUGGAAAGUGUUCGAGAAAUCGUCAUUAGACGUUAUUUACAGCUAUUAUGACCAACUCGUGUCUCUGGAAAGUAAAAUUCCGCCACAGGAGGUGCAGAUUCCUUUUAAGUGGAAAGAUGCAUUUGAUAAAGGAUCUUUGUUUGGAGGACGGAUGAGCCUGACUAUAAGUUCUUUAGCGUACGAGAGGAUGUGUAUUUUGUUCAAUAUGGCGGCUAUGCAGAGUGCAAUUGCGGCCCAACAGCCACUCGACACAGAAGAAUCUCUAAAAUUGGCAGCCAAGUUACUGCAGCAAUCUGCGGGAAUAUUCACGUAUCUGAAAGGCAACAUCAUGAUGGCAGUGCAUCAGGAGACAACUCCCGACCUCAACCCCGAGACCCUCAAUGCGCUGUCGCAAUUGAUGCUGGCUCAGGCACAGGAAGUCAUAGUCUACAAAUGCAUCAAAGAUGAGAUGAAGGACAGCAUGGUGGCCAAGGUGUGCGCGCAGUGCGAGGAGCUCUACACGGACACGCUGCGCUCGCUGCAGAAGGACUCCUUGCGAACGCUCUGGGACCGCGACUGGAUCCCCAACAUCCAAGCGAAGCAGGCGAACUUCCGCGGGCUGACUCAGUACUUCCAGGCGCAGGUGUGUCGCGCCAGCAAGGCCGUCGGGGAGGAGAUCGCGCGCCUGACGCUGGCCGCGGAGCUGCUGCGCGGCGCGCGCGAGGGCAGCCCCGCGGCCGAGGCGGGCGUGCGCGCCGCGCGCCAGCUGGCGGCCGCCGUGCGCGACAACGACUUCAUCUACCACGAGCGCGUGCCCGACGCGCGCGCGCUCGAGCCCGUGGCGCGCGCGCCCGUGGCCGCCGCGCUGCCGCCGCAGCCGCGCUGGGCCGCCGUCCCCCGCGACCUGUUCGAGAAGCUGGUGCCGAUGGCGGUGCACCAGGCGCUGCAGGCGAGCUCGGCGCGGCGCUCCGACCUCGUCGGCGCCGAGAUCAACAAGCUGCGCGAGGCCACGCAGCUGCUCAACAGCAUUCUGGCGUCGCUGAACUUGCCGGCGUGCAUCGAGGUGGCCGCCAGCGCGGGUCUCCCGGAGUCCAUCCGCGAGAAGGCGGCCGCCGUGCGCGCCGCCGGCGGGCCCUCCGCCCUGCGGCGCCUCAUGGCCGACCUGCCCGACCUGCUGCAGCGCAACCGCGAGAUCCUCACCGAGGCGGAGCGCAUGCUGCGCGAGGAGGCGGAGGCGGACGCGGCGCUGCGCGCGCAGUUCGGCGCGCGCUGGACCCGCACGGAGUCGGAGAAGCUGACCGAGGCCUUCCGCGCGAACGCCUCCAAGUACGCGCAGAUCAUCGACAACGCCGUGCGCGCCGACUCCAUCGUGCAGCAGAAGUUCCGGCAGCACGAGGAGAACAUCGAGCUGCUGAGCCGCAGCGACGGCGAGAUCGACGCCGGCAUGCCCGACGCGCCCGCCGCCGCCGCCGGCGCCGCGCCCGACGCCGACGCGCUGCGCACGCUGCGCUCGCUCAUGCUCACCGUGGAGGAGGUGAAGGCGGAGCGCGACGCGAUCGAGUCCGAGCUGAAGAGCGCGACGGUGGACCUCCGCGAGAAGUUCCUGGCGGCGCUGGCGGAGGACGGCGCCGUGGACGAGCCCGCGCUGUCGGCCGGCGCGCUGGGCGCCGCGCUGGCGCCCCUGCAGCGCCGCGCGCAGGAGUCGCUGGCGCGCCAGGAGGCGCUGGCCGAGGCGCUGCAGCGCGCGCACGCCGCGCUCAUGGCGUCGCGGGGGGGCGCCAGCGGCCGCGACGAGGCGCUCGGCAAGCUGUGCGCCGCCUACGACGCGUACCAGGACCUCACGGGCAACCUCAAGGAGGGCGUCAAGUUCUACAACGAUCUCACGCAGUUGCUGCUAGCGUUCCAGAACAAGGUGUCUGACUUCUGCUUCGCGCGCAAGACGGAGAAGGACGAGCUGCUGAAGGACCUGACGCAGGAGGCGUCCCGCGCUCCGCCGCGCGUGGCUCCGGCGCCGCCGCAGCACCACGCCGUGGACGAGCCCGCCGCGGUGGCGAAGAAGGACCCUCCCCCCCGGCCGCCCCCUCCCGCGGCGCCCGGCGCGCCCGCCGCCGCGCUGCCGGCCGCGCUGCCGUACCCGGCGCAACCACAAGGCAUGCCGUUGCCGUACGGCGCCCCCGCGGCUCCCUACCCGAUGUACGCGCCAAUGCCUGCGCUUUACAACCCGUACGCGACGCUGCCCUACCCCCACCAUUCGCGCGCCCCACCUGCCGCGCCCUACCAGCCCUACCAGUACCCGCCGCCGCCCGCCGGAUACCCGCAGCCGCCACCAGCCGGAUACAAUCCCUACCAGCAGCAGUAGAUCCCCGCUGGGGGUGUUAGCAUUUACAUCACUCUUAUUUACAUAAAUCAUCUAUGCUUAUCUAAGGAAUAUUGCAUAUAUCUCAAGUGUUACGGAAAUUGGUGUUAUCAGCUUCUGACAUAAUUAUAGCAACUAAUGUAAGCAAUGUAUGCGUGUACUCACACCGUCAUUAUGUAGACUUUCGUUGCACUUGUAGUUGCCAAAUUCUUAGUAUACUUAUUCUACAGUAAGAGUAAAUAAACAAACUGUGAGGAGAGACAAACUGUAAAUGUAUAAAGAUCACAUAUGAGGUUGCAACAGAAGCAGGGUGCUUGUGUGCUACAGAUAAUAUCUUAUGUACCAACUGAGUCCUUAUUAUUUUGGUUGAAAUUUUGGUACAGGUAAUUUAAAAACAUAUAUUAGGUACUAACAAUAUGUAAUACAAAUAUAAUUUAAUUUAUUUUGUUGGUCAAGUUUCGUGCCUGCUCAUGAAGAUAAAGGUGUGUUGAUACUGUUGGAGUUUACUUGUUGUUAAAGCAUUUGACAAAAAGCUUCAAAAAUUAUCGUGAAAAUUUAAAAUUGUUAAGUUUAUACUAAUAUACUAUGUGAUAAAUCAUAUAUCUUAUAUUCUUAAAUUGAACCCAAAAUAUAAUAUUUUGUAAACAUUUAACAGAAGACUUGCUCGAUACAUCCAAUGGCAACAGAAGACUGAUAAAGAUUUGAUAUACAUAACGAGUAACAAAAUAGAUACAAAGCAUUUGAUGGAGAGUCAUAAGUUUCCAGAGAUUUUAAUAAGUUUAUAAUAGAGGUGCAUAAUCUUGUGACUGAGGUUGUUUCUAUUAUAUUUUAAUGUAAAACAAAUUAAUAAUCUCCAAAGUAU